AUGUCCAAGGAAGAGGCUGUCGAGCACCAUGAGAGCUCCAAGGUCACGACCGCGCACAGCAAGGCCGGCAUCACACUUAUCCCAGCACCAUCCGACGACCCUCGCGAUCCGCUGAACUGGUCACAAGGUCGGAAACUUCUCACGCUGUUUAUCGUGUCCUUUGCCGGGUUCACGGGAACGCUGCAGGCCGUGGGCAACGUGUCCAGUGUCUUCCAGCAAGGUGCACUGUACCACAAGACUCCGGUCGAGAUUACAUACUCGGUCUCGGCCGCCACCGCUGGACUGUGCGCUGGGCCGCUUUUCUGGUCGCCCGUCUCGAGGAGGAUCGGUCGCGGCGGCAGUAUCCUGUGGGCGACGGUCCUCACCCUCGCAUGUACCGUGUGGGCGGCGACGUGCACAGGCUCGGGCGAUUAUUACAGCUUCGUGCUGUCGAGGUUGUUUGGCUGUUUGGCUGGAUCUUGCGCGACAACUGUGGGCGCGAGCUACAUCACCGACACGUUCUUCCUGCACCAGCGAGGGAAAUGCUUCGCUUUCUACAACGUCAUGAUCCUCCUGGGAACCCUCGCAGGACCGACCUUCUCCGGCUUCGUGGUUGGCAACGGCGCCCCCUGGAACAUCGAAUACUGGUACAACGUCGGCCUGGAAGGCUUUGUCAUCCUGAUGAUCUUGUUCCUCCUCGAAGAAACCGGCUGGACGAGACCUGGAAGGCCGGCAUAUCCCGUUCCCGCGACGUCCUUUCUUCAGCGCUCCAUCGACGUCUAUCUCUUCCGGAAUCCCAAUAUCGCUGAAGGCAUGACGAAUAGGGAAGCGCUCCACCUGGCGACCAUGCCAAUCCGGAUCGGUGUCCAUCCUGUCGGCAUCCUGGGCGGGUUGUUCUUGAUGAUUGUUUUUGGCUGGAGCGUCGGUGUCAAUAACCUGCUCGCCGUCUUCUUACAGUCGCCCGUGAGUGAAAAGGGCUAUGGCUUCACGCCGAACCAGAACGCAGAAUUCACCUUUGCAGCCUGGUUCGGCUGUAUCACGGGCCAACUCUACGGGCUCGCCUUCAAUGACCGACUCCCUCUCUGGAUCUGCCGCCGGACCGGGGGCGUGUGGAAGCCCGAGUUCCGUCUGCACGCGCUGUGGUUCCCGACGUUCUUCUGCCUGAACGUCGGGCUGGGCCUCUUCGGCGCCGCCCUGCGGUACCACCUGCACUACAUGGUCGCCGCGGUGGGGAAUUUCCUGCUGAACUUCUCCUCCAACGUGGCUGUGCCCGUCAUCGUUAACUACGAAGUCGAGUGCUUCACAAAGUACCCCGUCGAGGCCGCCACCAUCAUGAACUUCUACCGCACGAUCUUUGGGAUUGCCAUCCCCUUCUUCAUCGACGGCUGGGAGGCCCGCGUCGGCGUCGGCUGGGUCUUUGGCAUGAUGGCCUUUGUCUCCCUCGCGGCGUUUGGGCUGGUCAUCGUCCUCAUGGUCGCGGGACAUCGCGUCCGGCACUGGUUUCACACGGAUAUCCUGUCGAGUGAGGAGGGGACGAAGAUUAUUGGUGAGGAGGUCAGUCGCUUGGACGUGGAGGCUCAUUGA